GGACGUGUAGCUCCAAUCACCGUCUUCGUCUUUACCAUUUAGCGAUCCACAUGCGUCGUGUCUUCCCCAGUUUACUUCUCGCCGGCGUAGGCAGAAACGCCGCCACCGCGGCCAAGCGCCACGCCAGCAUGCAGCCGGGCGAGUUUCGUUUCCCUCCGGUCGCCGGUGAAGAGGAGGCGACGCGGAACGGAAUCAAAAUGAACCUUUUCCAGGCCAUUAACUCCGGCCUCGACCACGCCCUCUCCAAGGAGAAGACGGUGCUGCUCGGCGAGGACGUGGCGUUUGGCGGUGUCUUCCGCUGCUCCCUCGAUCUGCGCAAGAAGCACGGGGCGCACAAGGUCUUCAACUCCCCGCUGACGGAGCAGGGGAUCGUGGGCUUUGCAGUGGGCAUGGCGGCCGUAGGGUGGCACCCCAUCGCGGAGGUGCAGUUUUCGGACUACAUAUUCCCCGCAUUUGACCAAAUCGUGAAUGAAGCGGCGAAGUAUCGCUUUCGCACCGGGGGCAGCUACCAGUGCGGCAUGCUCAUCCGAGCCCCGUGCUCCGCCGUCGGACACGGCGGCCUCUACCACUCGCAAAGCGUGGAGGCCUACUUCAGCCACUGCCCGGGUCUGAAGAUCGUCAUGCCGUCGACGCCGUCGGAGGCGAAGGGGCUGAUGCUGAAGUGCAUGGAGGAGAACGACCCCUGCCUCUUUUUUGAGCCGAAGAUUUUGUACCGCAGCGCGGUGGAGGAGGUCAACCCGGACUACUACACGCUGCCACUGGGCAAGGGGCGCGUGCUGAUGGAGGGGCGCGACCUGACAAUGGUGACGUACGGCUCGCAGGUGUACGUGGCGGCCAAGGCGGCAGAGAUGGCCAAAAAGGAGGGCAUCUCGGUGGAGCUGAUCGAUUUGCGCAGCCUACUGCCGUGGGACCGUGAGCUGGUGGCCAAAUCGGUGCAGAAGACAGGGAAAGUGAUUAUCACGCAUGAGGCUCCCAAGACGAGUGGGUACGGCGCUGAGCUUGUCUCUAGCAUUACGGAGGACUGCUUCCUUUCUUUGGAGGCCCCACCGACGCGUGUGUGCGGCCUCGACACACCGUUUCCGUUGCACGAGCGGCUGUAUCUGCCGAACGAGCACAAGCUGCUGGACGCCAUCAAGUCCGUGGUGCACUUUUAG